CGCAUUAACACACACACACAUAGCUCCAUGCAGCUCCCGAGGGUUUCAUUGUGAAGUUUAGACGACUUGUCUCCGUUCUGUAGCUCCUGAUCAAACAGAAUUAUAUAUCUUGCCAGCUGUCUCCAUGGCUGUCCUGUGCUGUACCGUGUUGGUGUUGCUGUGUGUUUUUGACGCUGCCUCAGCCACUACUAUAGCUGAAAUGGACUAUGGCGGUGUUCCUCUGUGGAUUAAUCGCCUGCUGGGUGAGCCCAGUGUGAUGAGCCUGCAGGGACGGCUAGACUCAUCCUGGUUCCGAGCCAACAACCCCCAGGCCUGCCCUCAACAGUGUGACUGCCCCAUCCAGUGGCCCACAGCGCUCUACUGUGACCACAGAGGCCUGGCAGACAUCCCUGAGCGCCUGCCGGACAGAACUCAGUACCUGUUUCUACAGGGCAACAACAUCUCGUCCCUGUCCUCUUCUUUCCUGACAAACAUUACUGAUCUACGAUGGCUCAUCCUGGAUCACAACCAGCUGCAGAGCGACAUGCUGGACCAGGUCGCGCUGCAGAACCAGACCCAGCUGUGCUACAUUUUUGCCAACCACAACCACCUGACAUCAGUGCCCAGCGCUCUACCAGCUGGACUCAAGCAGCUGAGACUGGCCCACAACCAAAUCAGCAGCAUCAGCCCUGGAGCUUUCAAGAACCUGCACAAACUGACGCUGCUGCUGCUGCAGGGAAACAAACUGCAAACCAUCACAGAGGGAGACCUCAAAGGUCUGGUCAGUCUGAACCUGCUGGACCUCAGUGAAAAUUUGUUCUCGUCUGUCCCACGGCAUUUAUCUCCUUCCGUCCAGCAGCUCUAUCUGUCCAAUAACACUCUCUCUGCACUGGAUGAAGACAGUUUUGUGGGAUUUCUCAACCUCAAGUACCUUCGUCUAAGUCACUGUGGUCUGCAGAGCGGAGGCGUCCACCGGCAGGUCUUCAACUUCUCCAGCUUAGUGGAACUGGACCUUUCUUAUAACAAAUUUAAAACCAUUCCCACAGUCCCCACCACCCUGAAGUAUCUCUACCUGGAGGCCAAUGAAAUACAAGAGUUCAACGUGACCAGUUUCUGCAGAGAGGUGGGACCUCUGUCCUACUCCAGGAUAAAGAUCCUACGACUGGAUGGAAACAAAAUGUCCUACCAACAACUGCCAUCCGAGUGGGUCUUCUGCCUGCGAGUGCUUGAAAGUAUUUACAUCUGAUGCACCUUCUGAACGUGAAACAUAAUAGGCUUACUGUAUGUGUACUGUAUGUGACUGUCCAACCGCAUCUAGAAAAAAAAACGUGACUCAAUUUAAGAUUUUUGUUUUGUUAGCUAACUCAUCACGUGUGAAGUCAAACAACUCAGCCUUACAGCUAUAAACCAGAGAACAAGACUCUAAAUCCUUAUUUCUUCAAAAUGCAGAUACACACCCAGACACUGAAUGGAAAACUGACAUUCCAACGAUGCCAAAGCUUGAACUUGUACACAAAACCAGUGUUAUUUUAUCAUAACGCCAAAAGCACUGAUCAAAAGAUUUCUCAUACCACCAGAACAUUCCCAUGAGUUUCUUCCUCUCUCUCAUUACAUCUUUUCCAAGUUCUGCCUCAGCAGGGUUAUACAUCUGUGUGUUAUUACCAAAUAGGAACUGUGACAAAGCCUCUCAUUUCUGACUCUACAGAAUAAUGUACUAAGGUUAAACUGAGCUGUGUAAGCAGAAACGGAAACAUGUAUAAAUGGCGACAUUCAGUAGCUUUCCAAUGAGAAACUCUGACUCAGUUAGCUGGACCGUGUUAAACAGCCACACCAAUCCACAACUAGAUUUUCAUUUUUUUCUUUUGACAAAACUAUUGAAAAUCUUCACAUUCUCCAAAUAUUGUUACAUUAAACUUUGUGAAAUUUGAAAGAUGAUUUCCAUGUUCCUAAAAUGUCAAAUGUUGUGUGCACAAGUAACAGAAAAUAA